AUGUCUCACCAAGACCCCACCAUCGAGCGCUACGGCUUCACCGCCGUCCCCCGCGACCCCGACGUGCUGUUCAAAGACCAUCCGACCGCCUCAGGCCCGCAUCCCAGACAGGAUCCGUUCGAACUCGCGGAUUUCCCGAUCCCGGAGACGCCGUUGGCCAAGGCUGUGCACGAGUUUGUUCAGAAAGAGCUAGACCCGCCCACCGUUGCGCACAGCCACCGGGUGUUCUUCUUCGGGCUCGCGCUGGUCCGCACCCAUUUCCCGACGUGGCGCCUCGACGCCGAGACGUACUACCUCACGAGCCUGCUCCACGACCUUGGUCUUGCGGCUCGGUUCCUGAGCAGCACCAAGCUGUCGUUUGAGUUCCGCGGGGCGAUUGUGGCGCGGGAUGCGGUCUUGCAGUUGGGCGGGGACGGCGAUGUGGCCGACGCGGCGUGUGAGGCGAUCGUGAGGCAUCAGGAUGUGUUUGUCAAGGGAGGGAACAUCACCACCCUCGGCCAGGUCCUCCAGCUCGCCACCAUCCUCGACAACGUCGGCACCCUUACCUCCCUCCUGCACCCCAGCUUCAUCAGCGCCGUGACAACCGCGUACCCCCGCAAAGGCUGGGGCGAGCAUUUCGCCCGCGCGAUCGAGACGGAGCUCGCGCUCAAACCGUGGUGCCAUUCGACCACGUUCGAGGUGCCCGGGUGGAGGGAGGGCAUGCCGAGUCGGUUUGCGGGGCUGGUGAGGGGGAAUGAGGCUAUGAGGGCUUAUGAGUGA